CCUUGCGUGUGGUGUGAUAGUGGGUGUAUAUGGCUAUGGCAUGUGUCCACGUUCAUGCUACGUUGCAUGCUACGUUGAUAAGUUGAUAAGACCGCAAAUAUUGUUGUAAGCUCGGAAAAACGUAAGUCGGUGACAAAUAUCAACACGGACGUGCUGCCACAGUUAGAUCUUUCGAUACCCGGCAUGUGGACGGUUGGGACUUCGCACAAUAACUUUUAUUCAAAAAUCUAUUCGCCGGGAGAAUAACUUCAUACAAUGGAAAAUCAUUUGGUACCAAUAAACAGUGUACAAUAUCCACAAGAAAAUGAUGGGGGUACAACAGGCGGUCCUGCGCUGAACAAAAUUUAUAUCGAAAAAAAGAAACGUGGGGAUGAAGUUAUUCUGGCCAGCGAUUCAAAGGGAGGAUUAUUCAAUCCUAGAGCUAUAUUGUUCUUGACCCUAUGGUAUGUCUUCAGCGGAUGUACCUUAUUUUUGAAUAAAUACAUACUUUCGUACAUGGAAGGUGACCCAACUAUUUUAGGUGCCUGCCAGAUGCUCAUGACAGCGACGUGUGGAUUUAUACAGAUGUACUUCCCCUGUGGAAUGUAUCGAACAAGUCCUCGACUCACAAGGCCUCCGGGUUUUUAUAAGCACAUGAUACUUGUAGGCUGUACUAGAUUUACAACAGUUAUACUUGGAUUAGUGGCACUGAAUUAUGUGGCUGUUAGUUUUACCGAAACAAUCAAGAGCAGUGCGCCACUUUUUACAGUCUUUAUUAGUAGAUAUUUAUUAGGAGAAUACACAGGCUUGUACGUAAAUUUAUCACUCAUCCCGGUGAUGGGAGGAUUAGCACUGUGCUCAGCAAACGAACUAAGUUUCGACUUGAGAGGUUUUGUUGCUGCUAUGGCUACUAAUUUAACGGAAUGUUUACAAAACGUUUAUUCAAAGAUGCUAAUUAGCGGUGAUAACUUCAAAUAUACCCCUGCAGAAUUGCAAUUUUACACUAGUCUGGCAUCUGUGGUGGUUCAAAUUCCUGUGUCAAUAAUGCUGGUAGAUUUGCCAGCCCUCCAACACGCCUUGAGUGCCAGAUUACUUUCGGCAUUUCUACUCAAUGGUAUCUUCUUCCAUUUCCAAAGUAUAACAGCCUAUGUCCUCAUGGACUACAUCAGUCCAGUUACGCAUAGCGUUGCAAAUACUGCAAAAAGAGCAUUCCUCAUAUGGCUUUCAGUAUUACUGUUCAACAAUCCAGUUACCGGUUUAUCAGCAUUGGGAACAUCCUUGGUCAUCGCUGGAGUACUUUUGUACAAUCGUGCACAGCAGUAUGAUAAAAUGAAGUUAGCACUUGCACGGCGUAGUUCAAAAGUUAGUUUUCAAUGAUAGAGAUGCAAUUUUACCUAGGACGAAUAACAACUUAUUCAACCAAUUGAUAUACAAUAUGUAGAUAUUAAUGCAAAUCAGAAUACACGAUGUUUUUUGAUGGACUUGAAAUUAAUCUUACUUUAAAAACAAUGAUUUCUAAUGAAAUAUUUAAAAUUUAAAAAGUGUUUCUUUUUAAAGUACUUAUAUCAUAGAGAGAAUCUAUUUAUUAUUAUUAUUAUUAUCAUCGUAAAACUCAGCAAAAGCUAUUGCUUGUUGAGAGCGCCAGUGCAUUUCGAGUAAACAGUAAUUUAGUGUAUGUAGCACAUGAUUCCAUUGUAAUCUCGUUUGAAAAACCAUAUAAGAUAUUAUAUACCUACUGUGCAUAGAUAAUUUAUUGACUUAGUUAUUUAAAAGAAGUGACAGUAACGUAUUGUGAUUUUCAUGCAGGUUCUUAACCGUCUCAAAGGUUUUUUUAAACUUCUUACAACGAUGGAAAUAUUACUUGUAUUUUGAAUAAAUGAAAACUGAAAUCAAAAAUUCUGAAAGUACUUAAAUUAAUUGUACUUAUAACGCUUUUUAUUAGGCUGUAGUCUAUUUAACUUUUUGACAUUCCCAUAUUCAAAGUAUUCAUUUCAUCAUUCUAAUUAUAUGAAAGUUUGGUGCACAGGUAAUAAGUGGAUGUGUUGAUUGUUCGUGAUUCAUGUUUGAUAUGAUUAUAACAUUUAGAGUGGUGUAUGGGUAUGUAUUACAUACAGGUGGUGCUCGUACACCUCCGAAUAAGUAGACACCACGAAAUCGCACACAUACACCUUUUGUAAAUAUACCAUACAUCUGAGAAUAAAAAAAUUACAUAAUAUCAACCUGUGGAAUUACUUAGGCGAGAUUAACUGCUUUUAAUUUGAAAGCUAAUUGUGUUAUCGCCGUGGAUUCUCUUGAGGCGAAUAUACAAUAGAUAGGUGAAUGAUUAUCACCAAAGCUACGGUAACGAGUAAAAUAAUUUAUUUUCAUUUGUUAUUUACAAUACUGGAUUUCAUGUAUGUAUGUAUAUGGACCAGGGGCCGUAUUUUAACGUAUUGAAUAAAUAUUUAAAGUGAAUUCUUUCAAAAUAUACUUAUAAACAGAAAUGGAACACGUUUUUUUUCCAUUUAAUAUAUCAUUUCAUGCACACCCUGAAAUAAAUUACUACUUUGUACCACGGUUUGAUCCUGAAUCAAAAUUUACCUGGUGUUAACUACGUAUUUCUACAAAUUUAA